UGUAUAUCUUUUGCUGUAGUAGUCACUUGUGUAAUAAUGGCCUGGAUUGCACUAAGCUCUCUUCAUUCAGGAUAUGUUCAACCUGUAUUACCUCUGAGCAUUAGUAUGUGUCCUUCAUCACAAAAUCAAACAAUGUCUGACAGUAUUUUUAAUAUAUCCUCAUCAACAUUACCAUCACCAAUUACGGAAAAGAAUCACUUUGUACUGUAUAAAAUGACAUUUGUGUGGUAUUCUUCCAUUGGAUUCUUUCUAACAUUUUUACUCACAGCUUUUGCUGCUUUAAUAACGGGUCAGGUACAAGCCGGUGGUGGGUCUGUCAUGUUUUGGGGGUGUUUUUCUUAUUAUGGAUUGGAUCCACUCACUGAAGUCACCACUAACAUGAACCAACAUGUUUAUUUGAACAUUCUGAAUGAUCAAGCAUUUAUUGCUAUACCCCGUCCCGCCCCCUAUGGGGGUAUCCGGAUGAAAAGAUGA